GCAGUUGAUUCAGAGCUCACCAACACGUUCCACUCGGCGCGCAUCUACACCACCGCAGCCUCAAUUGACGUACGGAAUCUACCCCAAAUACUCUCCGGGGAGUAAUUACGACACGCCGACCUCUUCGAAUUAUCUCCGCACAUUCCACAGCCGCCGCAAUGCCGACGCCAGAGUCCGAACUCUUCCUCGCCAAAAAGCCAAAGGUUGCGCCGACGUUUGAGGGCGUCGACUACGACGACAACACAGCUCUCAAGGCUGCACAGGAUGCUAUCAUUAGGGAGCAGUGGGUCAAGAGCAUGAUGGCGCGGUUGGUGAGGGACGAAAUGAGCAAGUGCUACCGGAGGGAGGGGGUCAACCAUUUGGAGAAGUGUGGGCAUCUACGAGAACGGUACUUUGAGCUGCUCAAGGACGCAAAGGUCAAGGGAUACCUCUUCGCGCAACAAAACUACCUCGACGAGCCGUUCAAGAAAUAAGCGUACCUACAGAAUACGACGGGCAUGCAAGAAAGCACAUGAUGGACAAGCCACAUAUAGGAACCCUCGCCAGUGUCAACUACCAAUACGAAUACAAUGCAUUUGUUUGGUUUCUGAUGUUCGAAAAGCAUAUGAGGAGACUUGUGGUAGGCUUCUCGUACUGGCGAGGCAGUGUAUAUACAUGCCGGGAGAGAGGCUGCCCUAUCACGAGCACCGCAAGUGUAGAAUCGCAAUGGUAUGAUUUGCAAGUUUUCUGUUGCUAAA